AUGCUCGGGUUCGACAAGGCUGAGUUCGUGCGACGCGUCCACGACGCGCACGCCGCCGGCGCGCCGCUCGUGGACGGGUACGCGCCGUUCUGCAAGCACGUCUUCGUGAAGAACUUCAUCCCGGGCGUCAAGGUUGGUUCGAUCGCGAUCACGGAGGCGAACGCGCAUCGGCUGCGGUCCGGGUACAGCGCGAGGAGCGCGGCGGAGCUGCCCGUCCUCACGCGAUGGUUCCCCGCGGGGGAGGUGGACGUGCCGGACGCGGAGGUGUUGGACGUCAUCCUGUACUCGCGCGAGCAGCUCGUGAAGGAGCGCGGCGCGAUGGCGAGCAAGCAACAGAGGGCGGAGUUGCCGGAUGCGCCGUGGGGGAUCAUCUCGAUCAAAGGGCAGCUCGAGGGGUACGAGUGUCCGAUGACGCCGAUCACGAUGAUGCGGAACGCGCUCGGGAGGGAGGAGGGCGGGUCUGGGGUGCCGAUCGACAGGGAGAAGUACGACGCGAGCGUGAAGUAUCACAGCUCGCACGCGCCGUUGGUCGCCACCGAGUCUCCGAACGGCGAGUGA